UCAGAGCUGGGCUGUUUUUUCUGUUUAUUUUCUAGAUAGUGUCAGGAUAAAUGUAAUACAUUUAGCACUGGUGACCCUCCUGUCUACACAGGGAAAAAAUGAAUGAAAGCAUAAUUUUUCUUUGUGCUACAAUGUGGUCAUAGAGGCGUAACGUUAUCCAGUUGUUUGUGAUGCUGCAUAGCUGUUUCAGUUAACGUUAGACAGGCAGAAAGACCCAUAUAGUAGUGGACGUGCGACGUUAUGUCUGCACUGGGGGAUUGCGAGUUUCUCGUAAAACGCGCCCGCGAACUUGUGUCAGAAGACCCAUGGGCUGCCAAGGCAUGGCUGAUAACCGCCCGCACUCUUUAUCCCGCAGACUUCAACAUUCAGUACGAGAUGUACACAAUUGAACGCAACGCCGAGAGGACGACUUCUGCGGGCAGACUGCUGUAUGACAUGUUCAUCAACUUUCCCGACCAAGCUGUGGUGUGGCGCGAGAUCUCAGUCAUCACUUCCGCACUAAGAAGUGACUGUCAAGAUAAGCACGCCCAGUUUUUGAGAGGUUUGUUUGAGACCCUUCCGGGACGCAUUCAGUGUGAGAUGCUUCUGAAGGCUACAGAGCAGUGCUUUAAUACGUUAGAGAAGGCUGAAAUGUUGCUGCUUUUGUUAAGAAGAUUUCCGGACUCAGUCGUUCAGCAUGGGGUCAGCUUAGGGGAGUCUCUUUUGGAGGCUGAAAAUGCGGAAGACUUGGACACACCUGUCAACUGCUUCAGAAAACUUUUUGUGUGUGAUGUUCUCCCUCUGAUCAUGAACAACCUGGACAUGCGUCUUCCGCCCAGCCUGUUGCACAAGUACAUGCACAAGGCAGCAGAAUUCUACAUCUGUUACGUCACUCGUGGCCCAUCCACAGAUGCACAGAUGCAGGGUGGUCAGGAGGGCGGGCUGAAGUCUCCCGGUGUGCUGCGUGGGGCUCAGCGGUACGUGAUUGACGGCCUGUCGGAGAAGUCGUCCGUGGUGGCCGAGCCCUGGGAGAGACUGCUGGACAUCUUGGCUGUGGUGGGGUCACGCUGCGAGUGGCAAGGAGACAAGGGGAGCAGGAGUUACCUGGAGCUGCUGCAGCGCAUGAAGGAGCUGUGUCGCUACCUGCCCAGUCUGGAGGGAGAGACCCUGUCCCGCUGCUGCAGUCAGGUGGUCACCUGUGCAGCCCUCGUCCUCUUCCGCAGCGCCUACCUCUACGUGUCUGUUGUACAGCCUUCACUCUUCCAUGGCCACAGUUCGUUAGUCUCGGGCCCAUGGAUCCUAUUGGAGGACUUCUCAUUGGUGUUCAAUGACAUUGAAGUGGAGAGAGGCUCAGGGAAACAUGCACACAAAAAGCGCAAGCUGGCCGACGGCAGAGAGAAGACUAUGAGCUCGGAUGACGAGGAGGGUGUGGGAAAGGGCCGUGGUCGUCACAUCCUGGUCAAUAAGACGGAGAUGCCGGCCUGGACGGAGACGCUGGAGAGCUUCCGCACGGCCAGAGAGAGCUGGGACCUACUGCACUCGCACGAGGCCCUGGAGACGGAGUUCAACAAGAUCUGUGCAGCCUGGAAGACAGACACCUGGCUAUGGCUCCGAAUAUUCCUCUCGGAUAUGAUUAUUUAUCAGGGCCAGUACAGGAAGGCUCUGUCCAGCCUGCUCCAGAUGGCUUCUUUCCAACCGCAGCCGAGUCAGACGCCCCCUGGAGGCAGUCUGGAGAACCACAGAGCCAUCAUUCAGCAGGCAUCCUGCCACUACGCCCUGGGAGAACACAGGUUGGCAUGUGAGAAAUUGCUUGAGGUUGUUGGAGGACUGGUCCCGCAGACUCCGGACCCAGGGAAGAGUUGUGAGGAGCCUGGUAGACCAAGGACAAAGCCUAGAAAGGGAAAUGACCUCAGGCUCCUGCCAUGUACAAGCAAAGCAGUCCUGCCAUACGCUCUUCAGUUGAUGCUGGCCUGUUUCAAGCUUCGGGCCUUCACCGACGUCAGGGAUGACCUGUCUCUGGGUCAUGUGGUAGUGCUCCUGCAGCAUGAUUGGCCACAGGGGGAGACCCUGUUUCUCAAGGCAGUGGAUAAGAUCUGCCAGCAGGGCAGCUUCCAGUAUGAAAACUUCUUCAACUACGUCACCAACAUCGACAUGCUUGAGGAAUUUGCUUACCUUCGCACCACUGAGGGAGGGCGUGUCCAGCUGGAGCUACUGCCCAAUCAGGGCAUGCUCAUCAAGCAUCACACGGUGACCCGCGGCAUUACUAAGGGGGUAAAGGAGGACUUCCGUCUGGCGAUGGAGAGACAGGUGUCUAGAUGUGGGGAGAACCUGUUCACUGUGUUACACCGGUUCUGCAUCAAUGAGAAGAUCAUCCUUAUCCAGUCCUUACCCUAAGGCCUUUGGCUUUUGACCUUUGCCCUUUGAAGCCUCUAACACUGACUGUUUCUACUUGGGACUGAACUGUGCCUGUUCAUCACCAUGGGGGUUGUCUCUUGAUCCUAAGCCUCACAACUAGUUUCAUAAUACCAUUAGCGUCAAACCAUACCGGUGGGCUGUCCGUCAUGCUGUGAUGAAACGCUACUUCUCAGGACUUAAGAAAUUCAUACCCCUGUACGUCAUGUGAUUUUCCUCUUCUUUACAUUUUCAAUCCUUGGUAUUGAUGAAUAUUCGUAUAGGUUAGCUGGAUAGGUGGGUAUGUUUAAUGCUUUAGGUAUCUUGAAGUAUUCCAUUGUCAGAACCGUGUUUUAUGUUUUUUUUCUUCGUUGUCUCUUCAUAUAAUUGUGGCUGUUUAUAAAUAAUGUCAUAAUCCCCUAAAGGGAUUUUUGAAAUAAAUGCAAAUGUUACAAUUUUAUUAUUA